AUGCCUUCUUUUAGAGAAUCCUCCGACUCCCUCGGCGGAUCAGGUUGUUAUAAGAUGCUUUAUGGCGAGAAUCCAGAAACCUUAAAGCAGAUGUUGAUGUUGCAAGCGGGCAGUCGCUGUAUUACAGGAGGAUCUGGAAAUCUCACCGGCUCCAGUCGUAAGGCAAGCAGUAGCCAUCAACAACAGCAACUCCGUCAGCUGGAUAGGAAGUACAAACGCCUAAUGGAGGAGAUGGAGCGUGUACAAACCAAGCAUCGGGCCGAAAUUAAAGAGCUACAUGCCCGAUUGGAUUCUAGCGAACGUGAGCGCACCAGAUUGGCUAAUGAAGCUCGGCGUCUGCAGUCCGAGCUCUUAUCUGCUCGUUCUGGCGUACGGAUGCAUCAACAACAAUCAGAUCAAACUAUUCAACCGUAUGCUUUGGGAGGGCAAGGGAGCUUGCGCUUCUACAACAGCAACAGUCGACAAUCUGCCAGCGGUAGUGGCAGUGGUGGUGGUGUUAGCACCGCAGGAAGUACCAACACCAGCGGCUUUGGCAGCUGGCGCAUUUUUACUGGUGCUCAACAUGACAGCCAAAAUGCACCCAGUACCACUUUGAACUCAUCAAACCAGAGCGAGCAACAACCUCGUGCAGCCCUCCAGACUCAACAACAACAACAACAACAACCAGCCCAACAUCAGCGUUCGCAACACCAGGCACAACAAUCGAGUCAAGUUUUGGCAAAACACUCGGCUGGCUCCAUUGGGUCCGCGAGCAAUUUGCUGAGAAAGAUUUCUGCCUCUUCCAUGACCCCUCAGGUUACUACAAUGUUCGUGUGUUUGCCGGCUGGUAGCCCCCGUGGUCAAGCAACCACCUCUUCAGACACACAAACACCUCCUACACACUGA